AUGGAGAACCGGAGCCGUCCUUUCGCCACAGUUGUACCUACUCCAGAGGGUGUGAAGAAGCGUAAACGCCUGGAGGUCCCCCCGCAGUCACCUCAGCUCCCUCCCGGCUGCAGAGUGCUCCGUGUGUCGGGCACUGCGGAGCUGCAUGAGUUCGCAGACCGAGCCUCGUUUGGGAUCCUGGUGUCCAGUGAAAAGAAGACCAUGGACGAGGCGAUUACCAGCGUCUCUCGGAGAAUCGACUAUAUUUUACAAUGUCUCAGGCAACAUGGUGUCAAAGAUAAAGAUAUACAGAAAUAUGAUCUCGCAAUCAGGGAAGAGGAGACGCAGCAGUAUUCCAUGCAGACUGAGCUAAAUGUUACGUUCUCAGACUUUACAAAGCUGGACGAGGUUGAUAGACUUCUGCUGGACAAAGUGGAUGACAAUGUCAAAGUGCACUCUGCAAGAUACUACCACAGCAACGAGUGUCUCAGCCUGUUCAGGCGUCGUGUUUGCGCAGCAGCUACAGAGAAUGCCACACAGAAAGCCCGCGAUAUGUGUCAAGUGAUGGGGCAGACGCUGGGACCACCUCUGCUGGUCGUGGAAGAAGAACUUGAAGAAAAACUCCAUGGUGUGAAUGAUGAGUUUGUGCAUCGAUAUGAUAAUAUUACCUCCAUUCCCGCCAUCUUGGCUGUUUCUCGUGUAUCCAUUACUUUUCUCAUCAGAGACAGACCUGGAAGACAGCUUUAA